ACUGCUUGCCCUUUGCACGCAAUGAAGCGGACAGCAGAGGAACUGGACAAGGAUCAGGAUGUGUCAAAUGACACAGUAGAUGACAAGGAAAAGGAUGAACCUGCCAAAGUCGCAAAGCCGGAUGAUUUCUGGCGCUGCCAGAUCGAAGCUGUCUAUGCACGUCGAAAUCCUCACAAGCUGAGCAACGUGCAGGCACUGCUUGAAAAGUACAGCGGCAGAGAAGCUAUUCUGUACGCCAAGGUUUGCAAGACCUACGACCUGGACCCCAGCAAGUUCUAUACGGAUCCUCAGGCAUGGGAAGAGUAUGAGACAGAUGUGAAGCCUGAUGAGCCUGGGCCAGAUCCAGAACCUGCCCCAAGUCACGAUGCCACUGGCUCUGGAGUCUCCGUCCCAAGUUUAUUCGGAAUAUCAUCCUUUGAUCAGCCUGUCAAGAAAAGUCAAACAUGUUCAGAUUCUGAUUCUGACCAUGGAGAUUCCUCUCAGCCACAAGAAGCUCCUAAGGCAGCAGAUGGUGAGUGCAAGACGCAGUGAGCGAAGAGCUGGAUAGGUUUCAAUUAGCAUUACUUUGAGACUCUAGAACGCCUUAGAUUGAAAUACAUUGUAUACAUAGAAAACACGUCUCGCAAUUGCGCAGACUUUGAGAAGCAAAAAAGGGCAGAAAUAAAAUACUGUGCAAGUGUGGUGAGGGAUGCAGAACAGGUGGAGGUAAAGAAUGUGCACUCGUGGAAAACAGGAAAACCUACGCCUGGCAGAAACAGCUAGAAGACCUGUCUGAAUUGUUGCUUCUCCUGGCGAUACUCUGAUUCAAAG